AUGUCCGCCCCUGAGCCAGCUCCCGCACCAGCUGCUGCCGCAGAGAAACCCCAGGAGCCACGCCGCACCGAGCUCGACGUCGCGAAGCUGCACGCUCUCCCGUCUGAACAGCAGGAUCUUUACCUUUUAACAUUCACGUCCGAACUCGUCCAGCAUGUUUCUGCUCUCACAAAGGAGGAAAUCACUUUGGAACAAGCUUCGUUGAAGCAAGAGCUCUUUAAAGUCAUCAAUCUCAGCUCCCCCUCUGUCACACGAGUGAUUCGCAAUAAUCUGGGGAAAUGUUUCGGAACGAUUCUCGGGAAGGGAGACCGGAUUCCGCUGUACGAUACUGUUCUCGAUCUGCUCGCUAUAGUCAAUGGUGGGAAAAGUGUAGAGCUCAAGACCAAGCUCGCUGCGGGGCACUGUUUGGGGGAGGUGUUUGCGGCCGCGGGAGAUAGUGCUUACUCUCACGCAAGCGCUGCUACGCCUGCUCUUUUCAAAUUGCUGAAAGCUGGCAGUAAUCAUGCUGGAGUCCGGGGCUCGGUUUUCGCUGCGCUGCGAAAGGUGGUCGGUGGACUGGGUGGUCCGAUUGAAGAGCCCAUAGCGCGUGAUAUAUGGAAGCAGGCGCGCAAUGCGGCUUCUAGUGACAAGUCAACUCUUGUUCAGAUAAAUGCUUGUCGGUGUCUUGAACAACUUUUGAUCACGACUCAAUAUUUCGAUAAUCAGAAUGAUAGUGAGACUCUUAAGACCCUCGUCUGGAAGGUUAUCGACAACCCCGUCGCACCAGUCAGACAUGCCGCCGCUUCAUGUUUAGCAAGAGCUCUUGUGAAAAGCUACUCACCGCAAAGCGGUACUGAAUCUUCAACAAAAUCGAAGAAAAGCAAACGACAGUCAAAAAAGCCUCCGCCAAAAGCAAACGAUGCAGACGAAGAUGAGCCAGCAGAUGACUCUCCAUCAGCUAAGAAGGCUGAACCUCGCUUAUCAUUAUCACUUUCCGACAUUUUAGUGCAGCUCUCUACGCAAUAUGUACGAAGCUCAACUGGUAAUCGGGCUAGAGCUGGUAUAGCUGUUUGUUAUAAAUAUGUUAUUCGAAACCUGGGAGAGAACGUUGUCGAGGAGCGUUACGGACAGAUUGCUUCGCAUCUACUCGUUACACUGCUCAACCAUCCGACAGUUACAUACAAUCGUUUUCGACUCUUGAUGACCCGAAGAUUUAUUAAAAACAUCCUCGAAGAUACCCUUGGUCGCGAAAUUCUGCGAGAGAACAGCCAGGUGAAUGCUGCCAAUUGGCUCAUCAACUCCAUCCUUAAGGACUAUCCUCAGGUGAUCAAGGAGAGAAGCGAGCCGAGCAAGUAUACCCUUGCAAGCACGUUGAGUGCUCUGUCUUCUUUGAUAUCGUCGCUCGGUUCGGCUGUCACAACCUUGGCUGAUGCCUGUCGAGAAGCUCUCAUUCAGGUUCUUCCACAUCCUAGCUACACUGUUCAGAUUCAAACAGCUCAAUGUUUACGCAACUUUGUUCUUGCUUGCCCAAAUCAAUUGAUAUCUUGUGUCACAAUAUGCUCGAAUAGCUUAAACCGCGAGAUUGGACAACUUACGACACCACGGUCGUCUUCGCGACGCUGUCUCGGAUUCGCGAAUGGUCUAUCUGCUAUGUUGGGUACAUCUCGCUUGCAACCUCUGUACGGAUCUGUCGAUGUUUUUGCUCGUGUUCUCUCACAGGCAACGGAUCUGCUCAAGAACAGCGGUAGCUCUGAACUUCGUGUCGCAAGCACUCAAAUUCAAGUUGCGUGGAUUCUAAUUGGAGGCUUGAUGCCUCUCGGUCCCAGUUUCGUCAAAAUCCAUUUGUCACAAUUAAUGCUUCUAUGGAAGAACGCUCUUCCUAAACCUCUAGGCAGGGCCAAUACAGCCGAACAAGGACCUCUAGAGACGAGCUUUCUCGCCCAUGUCAGAGAAUGCGCAUUGGGCUCAAUGCUUUCUUUCCUCGAAUUUAACGCCAAGUUAGUCACCGCGGACGGAGCUAGGCGCAUCGCUGCAAUGCUACAAAAUACAGUAGCCUUCUUGGAUGAAAUGACAUUACCAAAGACAGCAGAAGAUAUAUCGCAACGCCUCUUUCCAUCUAUACAAAUGCACGAUUUUGCGGUCAUGGUUCGACGCCGCGUACUUCAGUGUUUUACCAAACUGGUCAAAAUUCACCAUACCGGCCAUGCAGAGAUAGUAUCGCAGUCCAGUCUUCUAAGCAUAGCCAUCUCCUCCUUUGCGGACCCUGAGAUUGUGCACCCCAAUCCAAUUGAGACCUCAAUUGUCGCCUCCACUGGCCAAUUUGAAAGCCUCUGGGACUUGUGGGAUAAUUUCGGCUUUGGAGUCACGGGUUUAGCUCGAACAUAUGUCAACGAAACACUUACAGGAAAACGUGCAGGAGGAGCCACUGCAUGGAACGCAAAUGACUCUACUGAUCAAGAAAUUGAUGAUAUUCUCAACUUUCCCGUGUGUCAAGCGAGUGAACACGAUUCUGUACUCCUUUAUGGGUCUCGAGAUGGCUUCUCGACUUUCUAUACUGACCCACCCGUGACGGAGGCUGUGAACGCUGCUAUUGAUCUCUUUGCGGUUGCUUUACCUUUGCAGACACCAAAAGUACAGGAAAGCAGCGUUGAGCAGAUCGUCACCUUGCUGUCGUCUCACAGCUUGCAAAGAAAUCCGGGCCGUAAGGUUGCGAUGACCAUCAAUAUUGCUAUAGCUUUGUUGCACACUCUUAAAGUUGCAGUCAGAGAAACCAUUGCGCCUCCAGGGAAAUUGGAAGCAUCCACAGAAAAGAUCAUCCAAGAACUCUUGCAGAGAUUCGUCAUGGACCCUGAUGCGAUAAUCCGAACCAUCGGUUUUGAGGCGCUUGGCAGACUAUGCAACAGUGCUGGGAACGCAUUUACAAAUACUCAGAUCAACUGGCUUGUCGAUACGAUUGUAGCAAAUCGCGAGCCUAGUGCGCGUGCAGGAUGUGCAGCGGCUCUCGGCUGCAUUCACUCGAGAGUUGGUGGCAUGGCUGCAGGAUUCCACCUAAAGACAAUCGUCGGUGUUCUCAUGUCAUUAUGCAGUGACCCUCACCCGGUAGUGCACUUCUGGGCUAUAGAUGGGUUGGAAAGAGUUGCCGAGUCUGCUGGAUUGACAUUUUCCCCUUAUGCAUCGAGCUCGUUAGGCAUGCUUGCGCAACUUUACGUGGCGGAUACACAUAACGAGGAAGCAGCUUCCUUGGCUACCUCGAACCUGGAAGUCUCAUUCCCUACUCCAUUCGUCAUAAGUCGUUCGGUGGAUUCCCUCAUUAAUGUUUUGGGUCCUGACCUGCAAGAUAUCGCAAAGACCCGCAACUUGAUUUUAACUUUGGUCCGCCAAUUUCAGCUCGAAGAGUCUCCGGCAAUGAACACACAGAGCUCCAGAUGCCUUGACCAUCUUUCUUUAUAUGCACCGUCACACGUUGAUUUCACGGCAUUCGUCAAGCGUCUGCAUGCGGGACUCACGUCGAAGAGCUCGCUGAUGCGCGAAGCAGCAAUUCGAGGACUCGACAAUCUCAUGAAACGAGAUGCUGAAGCUGUCAUAGGAUCCAAUACUUCGACCUUGGAAGACGAUAUCUGGCUUGCCUUGGACGACUCUCCUGGAACUACAUCUCUCCGAAGCUUGAUUCGCAAUUGGCUACAACAGAGUGGACUUUCCCACACUCAACUUUGGAUCCAGCGUCUCCACAACGUGCUUACCAAGACACGAGCAAAGAAAGAUGAGAUCCAGCCCAAAAAGCUUGCGCGAGCAGCUACUGCCUCUGAAGUGCAGGAUGACGAAGUUGCGGGUUUUGCAUCUGCUGUUGCUGGUGGAGAUCAGGAAGAGGGAGAUAGCAGCGCUAACACCGGGCAAGAGUUGCUCAAAUGGCAGACUCGUAAUUUUGCAGUCAGCUGUCUAGGUGAGCUGCUGCUUAUGGUUAAUGAUAAAAUCCUUCCAGAUCAGACCAUUCCUGCAGAAGUUGCCUUGCAACAAAAGAUCGGCGAUGUUGUUCGCAUGGCUUUUUCUGCUUCUACGGCAAAUGUGGUAGAGCUAAGAGUCUGGGGCCUUAAGAUUCUUGACCAAGUUCUCAAGAUGUUUGGCAAAACUCCCGAUCCUGAUUUCCAGGAAGCAUCUCUGCUAGAGCAAUACCAAGCGCAGAUUGGGUCGGCCCUAACCCCGGCAUUUGCAGCUGAUUCGUCUCCAGAUUUGGCUUCAGAGGCUAUCAAUGUAUGUGGCACGUUUGUUGCUGCGGGUAUCGUCACAAAUGUCGACCGAAUGGGCAGAAUCUUCCGACUGCUUGUUGUUGGAUUGGAGCAAUUCGCCAAUGACCCUAACAUUACCGAGAUUGGUGAUUUGAAAGGGCUCAACUCGAAUGCACGGGUAAUGGUGAAAAUGGCACUAUUUUCGGCAUGGGCGCGAUUGCAAAUGGCAAGCCUUGAACAGCAGUAUUUGGUCAAUGUCGUUCAGCCAUACACUGCCAUGCUCACACCGUUGUGGCUUUCCUCUCUUCAAGAAUUUGCUCGGCUACGGUUCGAACCAGAUAUCUCAGGAAGCCUCGGUACUCCAUCGACUGGGGAUCUUGAUGAAGUUUACGCGGCAUUGAAUAGAGAAACAUUGCUCAACUACUAUCAAGAUUCUUGGUUGAAUCUCGUUGAUGCGAUUGCAAGUCUUGUCGAAAAAGACAGCGACUUUGUUUUUGAUGCAUUGGACAACAAAUCCAAGGCACAAGGUGACGAUGUCGAUGAGAAUAAAGCGAAGGGAGUUGUGCCCUCCGGGAAGGGUGACAGUAUCAACUACCGCGACGAACCUGUUGCGUUCUUUUUCGUGCUCUUCGGACUAGCAUUUGAGGCGUUGGUCGAUCAAUCUGUGUCGCCUUCGCAAAGAUUGGAGAUUCUUCAAGCCCUCGCCAAAAUACUGAGACCAUCUGUUGCCGGAAAUGCGAUCUAUCAAGAUGCGGUCUUUUCCGAGACAGUGGAUACUCUUGAUCGUUUGGUUCUCACUGAAGGCCACAAUAUUCAGACGGUCAUUGUCGAGAUGGCCAGAAACUUGUCACUUGAUCAUCCUUCAGCAAAAGGUGGCCAAGAUCGUGCCGAGAACUUGUCCGACGAUAUUGAACAGCUUUUCGAACUCACCAGAAACAUUAUUCUCGUUCUAGCGGGCCUGCUCCCGAAUCUAGGUGACUCGAGCUCUCGCACUUUCAACGUCAGCUCCGACGAGACUUUGACUUUGAUUCGUCUGGCACUCUCUGCCCUGGUUGACGUGGCCGCUAUAUUUCCGGCUAUCAUACGACAUGACCUUCACGCAUGCAUUCUACACAUCUUUAGUACUAUAUUAGCAACGGGUAUCUGUCAGGCUGAAGUUGUCCCUCAUGCUCUUCCAAUAUUCCGCAGGUUCGUUCAAGGCAUGACCUCGCAGGGUACACCGACAAACGAAGCAGUCUCAUUACAAGUACGUGGCUGCUUGACACGCUUUCUCACGACACUUAGCAUUGCACAACGCCGAGAAUCAGAAACUUCUCUACCUUGUGCAAAGAAUACUCUCCUCGCCAUGACCAUAGUACUUAGCACCAGCAGUCAUGUCAUUCCUCCACAAGAUCCUCUUGUUGCAAGAGUACUGGACGAAUACCUAGAUUGCCUACAGGAUGUCGGCCUCGCCAGUGUUGCUGCCGGAUGUAUUCGCUCCGUGCUCCUUCGAAGCGGGCCGUUAUCGACCACAGAUUCAGCAAUUGGACGGUAUCUCUUCCCACGACUCAUCGCGUUCGUUGCAGGAACUCCAAACGAUCGAGGCGAGCCACCAAUCGACCCGGAGAACUCACGAGCAGCUAUUUCCCAAACGCUAGUCUUGUACAUCAGCAACCCUAUUGCAUUCCCACCUCCCAAAGUCUCCACUGCAAUUCCCCUAGUUGUCUCGACUCUUUUGGCACGUGCCAAAAACGAAGGAUCAGCAAUCUAUCAAGAGAUGGCCGCUAGAUUGCUUGAGAUUGGCAAAGUAAACCCUGUGAUUUUCCGUGCACUCAUCGCUGGUAUGGAUCCUGAAAGAAGGGUCCUUGUGGAGGAUGUUCUGCGCAGUAUUGGCGCUGGCUCUGCUGGUGAGGCCAGGGAUGCCGGAGCGCAGGAACAGAAGGCUACGCCGAGUAUCGAGUUGCGCAUGGACUUUUAG